AUGUCUGCACCCACCUUGGAAAAGCAUGAGGAUCAGCACAUCGACCGGAUAGAGGGCUUCAUUCACCCAGCAGAGUCUGAAACUCAAGACACCUUAGUGAGUGGAAGGAACUCGCCCAGUCGCAUGCGCAACGAAUUUGGCUCUCAGUCCACUGAUUCCUCCGUUCUCUUCUGACACGUGUUCAGAUCACUUGGAGGUCAUGGGCCUACGCCGCAAUCGGCUGCUUGUUCUACUUCAGUAUCUCGUGGCAUCUCGCCACGACGUCCAUCUUCCGCUCGUCGAUGGGUGCCGCGCUCGGUAACUCGGCGCAGUCAAUCUGGGUAAGACUCGCUCGCACCUAUCGACACCUACAUCACAGUCAGACUCAGUCUAACGCUUUUCAAUCCGUUCACAUAGCUCAUCAAUAUUGUCAGCACGUUCCAAGCAUGCGUGGGACCCCCGUUGAUGUACGCAAGUGAUCUGUUCGAUCGUCGAUGGAUCUUGGUUGUCGUCUCGUUCAUUGCUGUUGUGUAAGUCGCGCGCCACUCAUUCAAAGUCGACCUCAAUGCAUACCUACUCUGACACAAUCGAACUGGUCGGUAUAUCAGCGGCUCUGUCGUUGCUUCGCGUGCUACUUCCUUCGGUAUGGGACUUGUGGGUCAAGGCAUUGUUUCGAUCGGCAUGUCCGCCGUUGGGGCCGGAUAUGCCAUCCCCGCCGAAGUGUUCCCGCGCCAGCACCGAGGAAAGGUUCAAGGUGCCACCAACUUUGCUGCCUCUCUUGGAGGAGGACUGGGUGUCAUUACUUCUGCCCGACUGGUGGCCAAUAGCCCUCUGAACGGAUGGCGCACCUGCUUCGUAAGUCGCUUGCUGUGCACCCGUCCGGCCUGGAUAACCGCUGGCACGCAGGGCCCGUUGACACCGGUACUGACCUUCUCCCUCCCUCAAAUACAUGCAGUACAUUGCGAUUGGACUGUUUUCAAUGAUGUUCCUGUUGUUGUUGAUCGUUUACCGCCCUCCGCCGCGCCCGACAGAAGAGCGAAGCCUGCCGUUCGGGCAGAAGCUUGCCCGACUCGACUGGAUCGGCUACGUCCUCGUGAUCGCAUCUUUGUGCUUGUUCCUGGUCGGUUGCACCCAAGGCGGCACGGAUGGAUGGAAGGCUGGAAAAACACUCGGACCUCUCGUGUCUGGCAUCGCACUGAUGGUCGUCUUUGGCGUGUACGAGUGGAAGGGGACGGAGGUCGGGCUUUUCCACCAUGCCAUGUUCUGCCAUCGCAACUUUCCCUUGGCCCUUAUGGCAGCUUUCGUCGAAGGCACAAUCUUCUUCUCCAUCCUUGCGUUCCUUCCCGUCGCUGCUGCGGGGUUGUGGGCGCCUCAGGAUGCUUUUAAAGCAAACAUCUACCUAGCCCCUUUUUACCUGACCUCAGUUCCGCUCUUCUUCGUCAACGGAUGGUACGUCGACCGUUUCAAGGAAUUCCGCCUCCCUCUCGUUAUCGGCUACUUGCUCUACCUCGGAGCUUGCAUCGGUCUCGCGUUGAGUGAUCGCAACGAUAACGCAAUUGGAUGUAAGUCUUGUCGCUCUUUGAUACACCGGGCCGCCCGCCGCAGUUCGGAAAAUUCUGAUCCUGCUUUGCUUCGAUAUUACGUUGACAGGGGCGAUGAGCUCCCUCGCCGGUAUUGGCUUCGCGGCUCCUAUCGCACUUCUUUUCGCGGUGGCCCAACUCGCUGUUCCCGGCAAAUUCAUCGGAUCCGCUUCGGCUCUGAUGGUCGCGGCUCGUGCGGUUGGAGGUGCCGUCGGCGUGGCCGUCUACUCGGCCGUUUUGGGCGACAAACUUUCGGUGGCAAUUCCGGCACGCAUCACCGCGGGCGCCUUCAAGGGUGGGCUCUCGCCGGCGCAAGCGUCGACGGUGUUGCCCGAAUUGAUCCCUCUGAUCGCUUCGCAAAAUCCGGCCAUCAUCGCUAAGGCUUUCAUGAUCCCUGACAUUCAACCGGGCAUCGUUCUCGGCGCGAUCGAGGGCGUGCAGAGCGCGCUGGCGUACGGACUGUCCUUCGUUUGGUACAUCGCCGUCGCUUUCUCCGCGUUGGGCAUCAUUACGGUCUUGACGUUUGCAUCAAGCAAGGAUCAAAUGACUUCCAAGGUCGACGCGCCCGCCCAACGAGCGUCUGCGGCGGUAUACUCUGACAGCAAAUCUCAGCAAAGCUCUCAGGUGGUUUAG